AUGUCAGCCUUCGUAGCCUCUCGCGGGGAGUUUGAGGGCAUGAAGCGCAAGACCAAUUCCUCCCAGGAUCUGGAUCGAAAGAUCAAAGAGCACCAGGACAAAUUGGCAAGCGCUGGCACUGCGACGGGGGCAGGGCUUACGCAUACCAUCGCACGUCCUUCUUUGGGUGAGGAGGAGAGUGAUGUUGACAUGGGUUUCAGCAGCUUGGGGGGCCCUUCGACCUCUUCAUCAUUUUUGAACCGUCAUCGACUCCAAGGAGCGCCAAGUCGGGUUACUACCCCGCCUGCAAGGCCGCCGCCUGAAAGUUUGCUGGUGCCUCCAGGUGAUUUGGAGAUGACUCCCUUUGAGCCUCCGGAGCCGCAAGGCGAGGCAACGCAGCAGAAGAAGACUGAAGGCGGCUCGGCUCCCAACAAAAGGGUAAAGGGCCGUGGCACCACCGCCCAUUCCAAAAAGGCAAGGCAGCUUCUGGAGCAAAAACAGACACAGUUUGAGGAUCAGGCUUUGUGGAAGGGGCAAACGAGGAAGAGGCAAGUCGAUCAAGCUGUCAAGCAGUUGGAUGAUGCUUCAGCCAAACUCAUUGGCGAUGAAACACAGAAGGAAUUGCUUGAAGAGAUUUCACGCUUCACUGCGGCAGUUGGCAAGAAGUUUGAUGUGCUCAGUGCACUCAAGAAGGAUCCAAUCUCCUUCAUUGCUACCAUGGAGCCGGAACAGACUGAUGCUUUGUGCAUGAUGAGCCCCCCCAUGGUUGCGCAAGUUCUUGUCCAUGUGGCAACAUGCUUGACAAAAGACUUGGACCAGGCAGGGGGAUUGCGCCGAGCCUGUGUCGCAGCUUUUGAAGAUGAUGUCCUUGAGCCAACGGGUGGAUUAUGCUUGGACCAGUACAUCCAAGCUUCGAUAGGGAGUUCCAUGGAGGAGAUUGCAGCUGCGAGGGCCGCGGACAGUUUGCAACUGCAGCUUCUGGGCAUGUUCUACGACCGCGUUUUCCGGAACAGGCUGCCAGAUUUGGGCUUGGACUUGGCCAAACUCCCCAAGGACUUUGAUGCCCGGAAGCCUACUUCACCAAAUCCGACUGCCCCGAUCCAGUACAGCAACCAAGUCCUCUUUGAUGUGCAAAUUUGCCGCGCUCUUGCCACGGACUGGGAUGAGGACCGUCAUGAACUUCUCAGGCAAUGGUGGAAUCGCCUCGAGGCCUUUGCAAAGGCGGCUCCUGGGGCUUCUUCGGUUGACGUUGCAAAAACCCUGGCUGCGGUUCCAGAGCAGGUAACGUCGGCUUUGGAGGACCCAGAGGCAGCAGGUGGCUCUUUCGUCAUUCGAACUUCAGCAGACACCACCAUGGUUGACUCCUUUUUGGAUUUGCAGAAGCAAAUAGAAGAUUUUACCGCCGAUGAUGAUUCAGUGGCGGAGGGAGUGGUGGAGGCAAAGAACUUUCUCGAGAAAUUGGGCAAAGUUCUUCAGUUGAAUGGGGACCAUGCUGGCGAGGCAGUUGCAUGCUGCGUGGCACAAAAUGGGCACAAGAACCCCUUUUCAGACCUCUUCGUGCAGCCUGAGACAUUCAAGAACCUGUGCCGUCUGCUUCGUGCAUUCAAG